AUGGGAACACCACAGCAAUACCUUCCGCCCACCCUAUCGGAUCCCACCAUCCAGUCCCUCCUCACCUCCCUCUCCUUGCCGCCAGCAAAACUCAUCAGUCCCCUCAUCGUCGCUGCAGCCUACCACACCCUCUACCUCCUCACCUUCCCGCCCGAGGCCAACGCCCAAGGUGAGCUGGCCCCGGCCCUGCCCCAAGAACCAGACGGCUCUACAACCCUCGUCCUCCGCGUCUCGGGCCGCCACCUGCCCCGCAUCAAGACGACUAACGAGGUUGCCGUCAUGCAAUGGGUUCGAGCUAAUACCUCGAUUCCCGUCCCGGCUGUGGUGCGGUUCGACGCCACCGAGGCCAACCCGCUCGGCCACGAGUACACACUGCUGGAGCGCGCCCCGGGUAUCAGCGUCGAUAAGGUGCUAGACAGGCUCGACGAGGCGGCGCGGCGCGACCUGGUCGCUCAGCUAGCGGACCUCGUGGCCCAGCUGCACGCGCACGAGUGGACGGCGGUCGGGGGGCUGGAACCCUCCUCUGCAGACGGAGGCGGCUCGGCGAUUGUUCCGGGCCAGGUGCUGGACGAGACGUUUUGGCAGGCGCCGGAUGUGGAGAGGUACUGGCCGGGUGGGCACGAGACCGUCUCGACUUUGAACAUAGGGGGGCCUUAUGAGAGCUACACGGCCCUCUGCGCCGCGAGCGUGGACAAGUACGUCUACGCAAUCGAGAGGCACGAGCGCCUUGCCUGGAUGAGGGAUCUCGUCCCACGGCUGAGGGCAUUCGUGGGGCUGCUCAGGGGCGGCGACGGGCAAGGAAGGGCACGAGAGCUCAAGCUGGACGACACGAGGCUCGUCCUGGCGCACAGGGACCUUCACUUUGCGAACAUCAUGUUGGAUCCUCUUACGAACAGGAUCACGGGCAUACUUGAUUGGGAGUUUGCGGGGGUCGUGCCUGCGUCCAGGUGGAAUCCCGUCAAGGCAUUCCUGUGGAACAUGAAGGAGGGCGACGAGUCUAGGGCCGAAAAGGCAGAGCUCAUGAGGGUGUUUGAGGAAGUCUGUGCAGUAAAAGGUCUCACUAUUCUAAGCGAUGCCAGGGCUAAUGAAUAUCAAGAGGCCAUGCAGUUGGUGGUGAACUACGUGCGGGCGAUCGUGGAAGUGUGCCCAAGGGGUGAAAAGGAGGAGGCUGCGAGGGAAUGGAGGAGGCUGGCGGAGGAGGCGAUGAGGAAACUUGGAGUCUAA